GCAGCGCUCACUCCCGUCCGUCCGCCAGUGCGCGUGUGCGGGUGUGUGUGUGUGUGCGCGAGCCUCCGCCGCCGCCGACAGUGGACCGAGCGGGUCACUUCUGACAAGUGAGAUGGUGAGAGGGGGGACGGAGUGAGGCCAUGGGCUGCACCUCGGCUAAGCAGGUGUCGGCUGUGCCCACCGACGAAGAGGGCCGGGGCAAAGCCUACAGCAACGGUGACCUCUUCACUGAUGAAUAUAAGAUGAAGGGGGUGGAGGAGGUGAAGUACAUGCGCGGAGAAGAGGACCGAGUAAACGCACGCAACCAGGAGAACCUGGAGAAGAGCUCGACGCAGCACAGGACCAAACAGCACAAAGAGGUGCCCGGGCCCAGCGCCAACAAGACCAACAUUCAUACGUCAGAGAGUCAGCAGGAGUUCUUCAGAAUGCUGGAUGAGAAGAUUGAGAAGGGUCGGGACUACUGCUCGGAGGAGGAGGAGGAGGAGGACGAUGUGACAUAGCAGAGAGGUGCCAGAUCUUGCCAGAGAUGGAAAAAGAGAGCGAGUGUGAACUCAAAAAUCAGUGUUUCCUAUGUCUGUGACACUCUGUCGGUCUGAGAGCGAGUGUGCGUGCGUGUGUGAGUGCGUGAGAGUGUGUGCUUGUGAGAGCGAAAGAGCGCAGGACUUUUCCUCAUAGGCUGUUGCACCCUUGACCCCUUCUCCUCUCUCGGGGUUGCCUUGCUUGGAGAAUCUAGAUGGUUUUGGGUGAAGAAAGAACAGCUUGAUUGAUGUAUUAUCAACACAGACUCACUCUGAUGUGAAAUGACGACCCGCCGUCCCCCCCUCCUCCUACAGCCAGCAUUGAAACGGCCCCCUUCCUCCGACUGAGAGAGAGAUUAUGUCGAGGAAAGCAAGAUGAAAGGAAAUGGAGAGAAGAAAGACGACAUGCCCCUCCCAGUCCUUGUUUUAAGUGGCAGGCCAGAGAAAAAUCUGACAUACGGAGGAUCGAGAGGAGAGCUUACCAUCAUCUUCUGGAGAGAGAACGGAGAGCGAAUGUAAAGAUGGAGUGUUGUGGGUUUUUGGGACUGAACAAGAGAGAUAUUUUAAUAAGAGCGACUUUAUGUAUGAACGAACUGGCUGAUUAUUUUGAUAUUUUGAUAAAGAACGAGGUGGCAAGUUUUUGAACAUUUGAUCUGGACUCCUGCCUUUUGAAGGACCUUUUUUUUUAUUUUGUCAAGAUUGAUUUGUUUGUUCCAUAAAUGUGUUGCUUUUUUGCAUAGAUCAGACCUCCUCAAGCUUGUGCUGUAAAGGUCAGGGCUGUGCGGUGACCCCAUAACACACUCGAUCACACAUGCAUAGGCCAAAUUAAUCACCCCACCCUCUUUCCAAACAUAGUAGUUCUCACUUUCAAUUUGAAUAUCCUGGUAUUAUUUGUAAAGUUCUCAGAAAAUGGGCGGAAACAUGGUCAGACUUGUUACCCACGCACAAACCCAAACAUAGCCCUAACAGCAAGCCGCAAGAUGGCACAAUUUAACGUACAGAUCUGUAUCAACUGUCGAGGCUUUUCUUAAUAUAGUUAAUUGACUGUGAAGAAAGCAAACUGGGAUUGUUUGAGGUUUUCAGUGUGUUAAUUUAUGUCUGAGAGCCAGGUUUGACCAUGUUAAUCGUUGUCAGAGGGAUGAGGUGUCUGCUGUAGGCCUGUUUAUGUUUAGCUAUGUUUCUCGUUCAGUUGAGUUGGCUAUAAUGCAUAAAAUUCAGAGACCACUACACUGGUCUGAGGUGGGAUGGGGUCACUUUGGAGACACAGCGCCGACCAAGCAUCUGUAAUUAUAAUUAGUGGAUUAAAUCCUUUUUAAUGUUUAUUUUCGAUAUGUUUUCUUUUUCUAUUAAAAUAUAAGACACGGGA